AUGCAGCAGCACAAUGCUGCAGCAGCAAAAUGCUGCAGCAGCAAAAUGCUGCAGCAGCAGCAGCAGCAGAAGCAGCAGCAGCAAAAUAUGCUGCAGCAGCAGCAGCAGCAAAAUAUGCUGCAGCAGCAGCAGCAGCAAAAUAUGCUGCUGCAGCAGCAGCAAGAUGUGCAGCAGCAGCAGCACCAACAGAAUAUGCUGCUGCAGCAAAAUAUGCUGCAGCAGCAGCAGCAGCAGCAGCAGCAGCAGAAUAAGCAGCAGCAGCAGCAGCAGCAGCAGCAGAAAGGCUUACCGUUCAAACCAGCGGUCUAG